GGAUGAUGCCUGGGUGUCACGCUGCGAGGACACAACCACGAUAGGCUAGCUUUAUUGGUACGCUUCCGACUGGUUGGACCCCACGUACGCAGCAGCGAAAAGUGGUACCACAAAUUUGGACCGAUGUCGAUGACGAUAUACGGAAUCGGAGGCGUGUCUGGCACGGGCAAAACCCACUUCCGCACCAGUUGCGAGGGUUUCCGAGACGUCCGCGUGUUGGACAUUGCCGACGUGUACGAGGAGUCCUUGGCGCAGGGCCACCCAGACCUCCACUGGAGAACGGCGCUCAAGGUCUUCCAGGGGAGGGUCCUGGGAUGGUUGGAGGAGGAUCGAUCGAGCGACAUCGUGUUGGAAGCGUUUUUCAGGCCUGAUGGCGCGCAGCGGCAGGCGAUCGAGGCUAUUGCCCGUGACGUCGGGGUCGACGUAAUAUGGGGCUGGGCGUGGGCGCCGCGGGCGGACUGCCUUUCCCGGGUAUCGAACGAACGAGGCGGCCACGAUUCGUCGGAAAGAAGACAAAAGCGCCUCAGCUUUAUCAGAACCGCAGAGAGUUCGUUUUUUCGUGAGAGACCGGAAGAGAGCUUGGCGAGCCUUGCGACCAGAGCUCCGACUAGUCAAACGUAGACACCGACUUCGUUGGGUCGAAGUAAUGCGGUCUCUAAGUUUUGUAGGCUGAUCGCAACAAGACUAAGACUAAGCGUAGCGUUAUUGCGGCUACUUCGGUAUCUUGAUAGCAGCACUGGGAAAAAAGCUCCCGGUUAAGGAUCCUUAACUUGGUCUACCUGCUACAUUUGUGUGGCUGCGCACCCCGUGCGUUGAGUAUCACUUUCUUCGC